UUGACGAAAUCUUCGGACCAGAUUGUUUUUCUUCUGGAAUGUUUGCUAACUUUCGUCAAUACACUACCGCAAACAGUGCAUUCAAACAUUCAUUUCACCACAUUUCUUUGGCAACGUUUCUGUCCGGCCCUGUUGGCGUUUCUGGGAACACCAGGGGACUCAUCCAGACAACCAUUGACCUCAGGUCAAUCUAAAAUAGUAUACAGCAUCGGCAUUCAAGUGGUCAGACUGGUCGGAAGGGAAAGAGCUCUACGACCCGUUUUAGAGGCCCUCUUCCACAGGAUGUUGCUGCUGCCAACUCCAGCGAAGAGGCUGGAGCCGUUAAGGGCGGCUAGGGAGUUGCUGAGAUCUCCCGGCCGAUUGGCAGAUUUACUUUUACUCAGCGGACCAAUUCAAAGACAUGCAGGCGAUGAUAUGGCAAUUAUAAGACUGAUAAUGGACUCAAUAGAAGAAUCUUCCCAAUGCAGUGAUACCAGCGUAUUGCUGGCUAGUAUAGAAUGCGUAGGAGCGCUCCUAGGAUCGCUAGAGGCACUCUGCAAGGGCGAGGGUUUGAAUCAAGAAGCCGCAGACAUAACGAACUCAAGAUACGUGACGCUGGAACAGGCUGACUAUUCCGGCCCUCUGACCUACGAGGACGUAGUCGCCAAUCUGAAGUACCACAGCGACUCGGACAGCAGCGGCAUCGAGGGAAACAUCCCCGGAGUGGAAGGGGGCACAGAGUCGGAUUGUUCCGGGGCCACGGAAGGCCCUGAGGACGGAACCGUGUCCGACGACAGCAUCAUGGACGACGAGAGCUUCCUGACCAACCAGCAGCUGCAGAAGUUGUACAAGUUGCCGAAAUCGUUGAAUCUGGGACGAACAGGCGUGGAAGAAUGCAAUACGGAUAUGGAAAGGCACAACGCGAAACAUUUCGUGAAGUCCUUGCAAUAUGUCCUUCUACCAAAUUUGAUGGCAUUACGAUCUUCCAUACAGGUAGACGAAGUGCUCCAAGAGUUCUCCUCGAAAUGCUGUCAACACAACUCUUCCCAAAACUACGAGAUAUCCACGAUUAUGAACGCAGAUGGAGUUUACUUAGCGACCUAUUCCGCUCUGUUGCUUGACCUGAAGCUUAUUCAGUCUGGCCAUUACAAUGAAAAUAUCACAGAGAAUAUACCAGUACCAAUAACCGAAAAUCAAUUUGUUGAAGAGGUCCAUGGAAGUGGAGUUCUUGUUUACGUAUCGGCUACAUGGUUAUGCGAAUUGUACCAGAACGUGUUGGCAAAAUCUCUGUUGCUCUCUGCCGGAUAUGAUCCAAGAAAUGUCGGAGGUCUGUGUCCAACACAGCUCCUUUCCGACUGGCAGAAACUGCAAAAAGUCCAUGGUACGCAAGAAACCAGUCCAGAAACAGAGGCUGGCAUAAAACUGUCCAGACGCGUUCUGACUUGCUGUUGGUCGUCUGUGGUGGCCGUAUUAGGAACACCUUUGGGGGAUAAACCGAAUUCUACUGGGACAUCCGCUCUCGGUAGGCUGGUCGCUAGAAAGUCACGGCAGAAACAUCGACAAAAGAUGCUGGAUGAUAUCAUGACGGCUGCUAGUCUCAGCAACACUUUGAAACUGCAAGCAAGAAGCAGCAGCAUCUUGGCUCUGCUGUCUUCAUCUUCGUGUAAGAGUUUGGGAGCCAAACUGCUAGCUUCGCAUGCGCUGUCUCUAGAUGUCCUUUUAUCAAAAGAAAUAGAUAUCAGGAUAUACAGGGUCAUGAAUGGGACAACUCAAGGACAUUUCAAUACUGAGCAUGAAAGGGACGUAGAUAGUAUAUCCCUCAUAGACGUCUAUAAUUUCCUCCAAAAUUCAGCGUACUCCUAUGCCGAGCAAGCCAACGAAGCAUGCAUUGCUGAGAUAGUGGAAAUAAGUGGUGCCAACAAUGCUCAAGGACAAGGCGUUCUAAGAGCCCUGAGACUUUCCCUACCUGGUUUGUGUAGUUUUUUGACCGAAUUAUGUAUCGCCUCGCACACUCAGUUGUUCACACGAUAUGAGGAAUCUCCUAGACGUCAGAAGAAAUGGUGGAAGAAAGAACUAGAUGUUCAACAGAAACCUCCAGUUACUCUGCUUCUUCAUCGGAUCGGCGAGGUGACUUUGAAGUCGAUAGUGGGUCCGCAUUUCAUGCAAGCAGCCUGUCACAAGGACAGAACGAUAUCCAAGAAGGCUGUGACUUGUAUUCACGACGCCGUGACAGCUUUACUCAACGAACAGGCGGAGUUGCCUCAUUUCCAUUUCAACGAGGCUCUCAUCAAACCUUUCGAGAAUCUGCUCUGCCUUGAGCUUUGCGACAUUGAUGUACAGGAUCAAAUCGUUUAUUGCCUGUGCGAAUUCGUCGAAGCCAAUAGGACCGAAAUCAGCUCUGGCUGGCGGCCACUGUUCGGCACCUUGAGAGUAGCAAGUUCCAAAAACAGCGCCACAGCCAUCCUCGAGGUAUUCAAAAUCUUCCUAUCGACAGACAACACUCUAGUUUUCGCCAACGCAGCCCUGGACUACAUAUUAUGCCUUCUUUCACACAUCAAGAAUUCCACCCUAGAUGAAAGUGUGCCUGAACCAACUAACCAACCCAGCGACAAAAAGUCGUCCUUAUUCCUGGACAAAGAAGCUGAAUUCCCAACGAAACUUGGUUCCGAGCCAGUCGAUUUAUGUUUAGAAUCACUGAAGCUGUUACAAAAUUGCGCUGCCAUUUUAACAGCUAUCUACCACAUGCCUAAGUGCCCAACAUUCAACUUGACGCACAGAGUCAAUAUAGAUAUUUUCCCUCAAUUAGUUGAUCCGGUCAUCCAAAAUCCGGAAGUUAACAGCUUCAAUCAAACCGACCACAAUCAAAUGGGUUACGAGCUGUUGUCCACGCAAAACGACUUCGAGAAUUGCGAGAAAGAAAACAUGACACUAGCCCACAUGGAUAAGCCAGGCAACGUCCUCAGGAUAUACUACAUUCUCCUGGAAGGCCUAGCUUCAGCUUCGAUACUAUCAGCCGUCAAAAAUCAGCCGUUCAUAGUGGAAACGCUGUUCAAACUGAUUAGGGAUCUAGUAACAGAUCCAGGCAUCAACUUCGGCUUCUAUUGCAUCAAUCACAUCGUGCUGCCCAUGGUGCAAAACUGGUUGAGACAAACAGUGAAGGUUAACAGAGGUGGGGAAGCUUGGCAAAGCUUCAAGCACUGUUGCGGCUUGGCCAGCGAGCUGGUAGUGGAUUAUUUGUUCCGGCUGAGAGACUCCGAUCUGAACGAGCUGGAACAUCCUGGAGCGACGCUGGCUUUGAAGCAGUUGCUGCUGAUUUUGAUCGAGUGCACAGCGCAGCCUUGCGAGAACAUAGCUUUGCUAGGUUGGUAUCUAUCAUAUCUUCAUUCUUCCUUCCGUUACUGCCUCUCUGUUAACUUUAUCGCCUCCUCAAUUCGUUUUGUGUUCAUAUUUUUCGUUUCUUUUUUUCGAUCUUUCGAUCUUUCUCAACAAAAUAGAAACGAACAAAACAAACAUCCUCAUGAGAUAUAA